GCCGGAAAAUUAAUGAUUAUUCUCAUUAUUCUCAUAUCAUAUAUUACUUUUGCUGUUAACAUGCAUAUAACAAUUAUUAUACAUUGACUUUUUUUAUUAUUUAAACAUUUCCCUCAGAAACAGUUUUUUGCACAAUUCUUAUAUUUCUCAAAAGUAUUGACUUCUUCGUAUGUUUUCAAUAUAGCUUUUAGAAAUGACUUUGAACUUUUUUCUCAUUUUUAGGCAGAAAACAAAUUCGAGAUCAAAAGACUGUCUUUUCAAAUGGCUGAACCCUUUUGCUUUUUUUUUUUUUCAAAACACCCUGAAGAUUCAUUUGAAAUAUCCCUUUUUAGUUCAUAUACUCCCUUGUAUAUACAUACAUAGCUCCCUAUUUACAUAAAUAGAUAGCAGAGGAAAGAGAGUGAGAUGUGAAGAGGGUUUUGGUGUUUAGCACCCCUUUUUUGCUGGUCGUGAUUUAGUUGCUUCUGGUAAACCGAUAAAAUUAGGGUCACACGAUUACUGCAACUGUUGGCCCAUCAGCACCAAGCCUUCGUGCCGAAAAAUUUACUCAGAGGGAUUGCUGAGGGCGUGUUGGGCAUGGAUUCACAAGGGAUGCACAAAAGCCACGCCUAAUGCGUCCUCACCAUGUACCCUGAAUCCCGUUCCAUCCUGCAAUGUGCCCUGUUUUAAAAGUUUCGGAAUCUCCUGGGGGGUAAAGUGAUGGUGUUAUGUUGAGGGUGAAUAUUUAAAUUUUUUAGCUAUUUAAUUAAAAUCAAUCGUUCUUAAGCUUUUAACGUUCUUGAGAUGUUGAAGUAUUUGUGUAUGUAAAAUAUAUAGUUAGUCAUCGAUACGGCACUGCCAAAGGGGAUGGAAUGGUAUACAAAACACUCUUCGGAGGGCUGGAAGAGGGCUCUAUAGUCACACUUCAUUCGAAGUGGUGUGCAGCCUUAGGGAGGAGUUCCUUGUCACACACAAUAGAUUGCAUUUGCCCAAAAGUGCCCGCAAGAGGAUCAUCAUCUUAAAAAUCAACAUCACUCAGUGGAAGUCGGUUAGUCAAUCCUUGACAUUAGUUCAGUUAACAUCGUGAUCAUGAAGAGUACUCGAGAGUUAUCGCCUCCUCAGACAUAUUCACGCCUCUUUCGGCCCUGGGAUGGAGACAAGUCUACUUCCCUUAAGGGCAAAGAACAGGAUAAGUUAAAAAGACUUUGUGAUGUGGGUGUUAAGUCAGAAAAUGUGGUACAAUCUGUGAAUGGGCACAAAGACCCAUCUACUGUGCAAGUGGAUCCAACAUUAGAGUAUCAACAAUUACACGGAUAUGCGAACUGCCAGCAAUUUCUAGACUAUCAGGAUUGUUAUGGAAUGGUACCUAUCUUUGAUCCUCUAACCCGCUGUAUGAUGGAACAAGAAUAUGCCAGGGUAAUUGCUGAGGAUGCACAGACAAAAAUUUUAAAUUUACGCCGCCAACGUCCAAAAAAAUUUAAAUGUCCCCACUGCGAUGUUGCAUUUUCCAACAAUGGUCAACUGAAAGGGCACAUUCGUAUCCAUACAGGUGAGAGACCAUUCAAAUGUGACGAUUCGAAUUGUGGCAAAACGUUUACCCGGAACGAAGAAUUGACGAGACACAAAAGGAUUCACACAGGCCUUCGUCCCUUCGCAUGCACAGUGUGUGGGAAAAAAUUUGGUCGACGAGAUCAUUUGAAGAAGCACACGAAGAUCCAUUUCGCACCUGAGAGACUCUUCCCAUCCACUGUCUUCCUGCCCUAUACAUUUCUGCCAACAUACUGAAGAUACCUUGUCUUUGUUCAUCAUUCCUGAAGUCAGUCCUCUGUAAAUAAUUUUAUACAAUUAAGGAACAAAUUUAAGGAAUGUGGUACAUCCUAUAAAGAUAGGUGAAAAGAGUGUUCAGAUUUAUUUU